AUGCGGCGUACCAAUCGCAGAACCGCCUACCAGCGCGAGAAGGAGCCUAUCCAAUUCUCAACAUCCUCAAAGGAUCCACUGGCCGCAUGGCGCAUCUCCGGGAUCAAGGGUCCGGUGUUCGAGCAGUGGUAUUUCGACAGCGUGGCGGCCGACAGCAAGUCCGGCAUAACGAUGAUCUUCGCGCGCGAUGCCAGCUACGCGAUGCUCGGGCAGGGUCACCUGCGCAUGGAGUUCGACAUAACAUUUCCCGACGGGAAGCACUUCAAUCAUGCAGAUUGGAUGAGCGAGGCGGCGCUUGAGGAAACGGAUUGCGAUGUCAUUGGUGAGGUGAAUGGUAAUGGGUCUGGGGAUGGUAGGAACUAUAACAAGAAGAACGCCGGGCAGAUCAAGGGCGUUUGGACAGGCCCGCGUAAAACGUACACGCACACCAUCGCGGCCGACGGCAGCAGCGCGCGCGUCGACCUCGACGGGCCCGAGAUCCAGGGCUGGUACACGCUGACGUCCACGGCUCCACCCCACUAUCCGCAAGGUGAGAGCCACCCGGUGCGAGUGAGCGGCGAGGGUGCAUCAAAUGGUCACGCGUCAACGCAAAUUUGCCCCAAGAUUCACUACGUCGAGGUCAUCCCCACUGCCGUCUUCGAAGCAGAUCUGGUAGUGCAGGGCCGCCCGCUCCGCUUCAAAGGUAUCGGAGGCCAUGUGCACAUCUGGGCGGCGGGCAGCUGGUUCGACACCGUGCGCGGGUGGCGAGUGUGCCGGGCGGUAGUGGGGCCCUGGAGCGUCACAUGUAACGAGUUCACGAGCCAGGAGGAUGGGAAGACGUACACGAGCGGGUACGUAGCGCGCGAUGGGCGGAAGGAAUUUGGAGCUUUGGUGGAGCGAAAUAGCGUGGAGUCGAGUGCUGGUGACCCGAAAGAGAAUGAGCAUCAAGGGGGGACGGUGGUCAAAUGGACGCCAACGUAUGAGACAGGAAUCGCAGGUCCAUUCCAGGACAAGAGUACUGGCUGCAUUCUGCACUUCAAGUCUGGCGAGAAUGGUGAGGAGUGGCGGUUCGAGCUGGCGCACAAGCAUGUGGCAUUCGACGUGGCGUUUGGCGGCGGCGACUCGGGUCUCACGGGCUUCUUGUCCGGAGCGUCGGGCGGCAAAGUGGGCGAGCAGGUAUACAGUGGUGUGGGAAAUACGAACAGAGGCGAGUAUGAUGUUGAAUCGAUGUUGCGCCUCGGCUUUGAAUUGGAGGUGUAG